AUGCAUGGCUGUAGAACAUAUGACAUGGAACCAAACAACAACGGGCUGGAAACGUUAAUUUGGGAACGUUCUGUUUACCGACAGCUGUCAUCUCGGCCUUUGAGCAAGAUGUCUUGCGCCAGUCCGAAUAAACCCACCAAUGAAAUCACAGCGGUGCAUAUUGUGUCUAUCCAACCUCUGGACGAGAUCGGGGGUUGUCACCAUCCUAACCACCACGAGAUGCUGAGCCUCACUUCUGCACCGGACCCGGGAAUCUUCUUCGAGGAGCCGAAUUUCAUGGAAUGUAUUCCCUUCGACGACAUGCAUCCCCACAGAGUAUACUACAAGGGAACGCAAGUCGUCGAAAUGAUCGAGCUGCCGUUUUCUCCAGAGUCCAAGGAAUCUGAUUGUCCAUUACACAAACACGCACAUCAGGGAAGCGAGAAUUCUGAAGAAGGUCCUGAGAAGACCACCUCCUCUCCCUCUUCCUCCGAGCCAAAAAGCGAAGAGAAGCUUGAAACAGCUAACGUUGACGCCGAGGAAAAUAUAGCCUCCAACGGGGACACCAAUCAUGCCAGUCCUUCUAAGGAUCCAGAGGACGGCAUUGGGAUGUUGUACACCUAUACAGUGGAAUACCAAUGGUCCCCCAUGCUGAAAUAUUGCACCCUGGAAGAGAUGGGCUACAAACCCUUGCAAUUGCUGUCUCAUCCAAGGUCUCCAGAGAUGUACAAGCCACAACAUGAAGACGGAGAAGUUUCCUACAGCGGUUGUAGGAGAUCUGUAAGCUGGGAAGCCCCCAGCUACUCCGUAAGAUGGACUUCUGAAACGGAAUAUUGUGGUACACCUCCAUCCCACUGCCCUCCUCCUGUGCAGAGGUAUUGCCCCCCAAAAUAUUGUCCUCCAGCUGCAAAGGGUUGCCCAACCAAGCAGACAUAUUGUCCUUCAGUCCAAAGCUACUGUCCUCCCGUCCAACGGUAUUGUCCCCCGGCACAGAAGACGCGCCCGCCGAUCAAAUACUGUUCUCCUCCUGGACGGAAGGCCCACCCGCCUGCCCAGUGGCGUCUUCCCCCGGUGCAGAAGUGCCGUCCAACUGCCCAGUCGUGUUGCCGUCCUCCAGCGCAGAAGUUCUGGCGGCCUGCCCAGCGUUGCUGUCCACCUCCGCAGCAAUAUUGUCCACCAGCCCAAUCCUACUGUCCACCACCGCAGCCGUGCUAUCCACCACCUCAACAGAAAUAUUGUCCACCACCACAGCCGUGCUAUCCACCUCAACAGAAAUAUUGUUGUCCACCACCACAGCCGUGCUAUCCACCUCAACAGAAAUAUUGUCCACCACCACAGCCGUCCUAUCCACUUCAACAGAAAUAUUGUGCGCCGGUCCAGCCCUCCUGUCCACCACCCCAGCCGUGCUAUUCACCUCAACAAAAGUAUUGUGCGCCGGUCCAGUCUUACUGUCCGACCCCCCAGCCGUGCUAUCCCCCUCAACAGCAAUGUUGUCUACCAGUCCAGUCACCCCAGCCUGAGAUCUGUCAGAUCAAACAAGCUUGCAAAGCCCCUCUCCAUCUUCUGAAGAAGUAG